GCACCGAGUAAGUAAAGCAUCCUGCUUGCUAUUCUUGACAUGUCCGCUUGAUCUAAACUAUAUGCUUCUUGUUUUUUUCCCACUCUACUCCUUUCCCUUUGUUGAGUCAACAGACCCUCAACUUGACCGUCAUCCGAGACACGACUGUUCCAGGGGGAUACUAGAGUGUCGUCUGCCCACCGUUUUCUUGUUUGCAUCAGCCUUUCCAUCAUAGCUUUCAUGAGAUAGCAUUCCGGCCGCAUCAUCUACAGUACCACUGUGCCAAACUCGGGUACAACCAAUACAAAAUGGCAAACUCUACACUACCAGAUGAUGGCCAAUGGAACAGCAAACCAGCCUGGAAGCUGCCAGGAUGGUGCGAACCAGUCAUGGUCGCCAGCAUUCUCUUCUUCGCCAUGUUCAUUACGCGGAAACGAAACUACAAAAUAUUUGCUGCACCCUCGAGUAGAAACGGCUACCUCGAUGACGCACCAAACGAUUCGAUGGAUCACCUUCUCCAACAGUCAGACAGCGACAGCGACUUCGACGACGUCUAUGCAACCAAGAACCCAAGUGCACCCAAGGUCCGGAGUAUUGGCUGCUGGAAGGUUACUACACCCAACACUUCGCGCUUCCGCAACAACAUACACAGUCGCAUACUGCAGCGCUUCCCGUUUUUGAUCGAGAUGUUUUACUGGGUCAUCAACUAUGCCUUCUACCGCAUGACGGCAAUUGCAUCGGCUAAGCUUUUUGCUGGACGAGGCAUCUGGGACGUUUCGCAAGAACACGGAAUUUCAGUUUUGGAGGCAGAGCAAUUUGGCUUUCUAAGCUUCUUGUUCCCGCUCCGGGAGCGCGACGUUCAACAGUGGUUUAUGCAUGGACACCAAGAUGCGCUUACUGUGCUGAACAAGUGCUAUGCGCUGAUUCACAUCCCCGGCACUGUGGGCUUCAUCUGCUGGUAUUACUACGUCGCCCCCUCAUUCGAUACCUUUGCUAUCGCUCGCCGGACGCUCACGCUCACGAACUUCUGCGCCUUCAUGACCUUUGUUAUAUUCCCGUGCAUGCCUCCGCGAUUACUGCCUGCUGAGUACGGCUUCCUUGAUACUGUCCGCCACGACGAUGCACAGAGUGUGUGGAUGAGUGGCAAGUUUGUCAACCAGCUUGCUGCGAUGCCUUCGAUGCAUUUUGGAUAUGCAUUCUGCAUCGGCAUGACGCUCAUCUACCAUUCCGGCCUGUUCCGCCGCACCUUGGAGCCAGGCGAGGUUCGCAAAAACGCAUUCUGGAAGAUCUUCUACCUCAUCCUUGGCAUUGGAUAUCCUUCAUUCAUCCUCACCGUUAUUGUCGCUACCGCCAACCACUACUUUAUGGAUGCGCUCGUAGCCACGUGCUUCGUGUUCUUUUCCUUCUUCUGCAACAAGGUCUUUUACGUCUUCAUUCCCCUCGAGGACCUUUUGCUGUACGUUAUCCGAGCAGACAAGCCAGUACCCACCACCGGUGAUCGCUACCGCGAAAACAGCGGUCGUUUGUAGGUAGUGGAAAUUUGAUAGCGUUUCGCAAGCCUUCAUUUCGCUUCUACAUUAGCUAUAUAGCGCCAUUUGUCGGUACAUAUGUACGCAAUCUUCUUUUGCAUUUCACGGAGCACGGAAUCACGGCUGGAGUUUGAAUGACAACCCCAAAAUACCUACUUUUUCGAUUAUUAGAUAUACACAAGUCACCAGGGUGGAAACACAUAGCUAUUUGAGAUCAUAAUAGUAUAUAUGAACUGAGUU